AUGACGUUCUACGACGACACAUACGGUGCGCUCCUUGUCGGCCUGACGAUAUCCGCGGCAUUAUGGGGUAUCACAAACUUACAGGUUCUGACUUACUCCAGGUCGUAUCCUCGCGACCUCAUACUCCACAAAUUAGCCGUAGUAGAAUUGUGGCUCUUAGAUGCAUUCCAUCUCGCCCUGGUCGCUCACGGGGUGUACCACUACCUGAUCACAAAUCGUCGUACGAUAGUGCUGGACAUUAUCUGGAGCCUCAAGCUCGAAAUAGCUAUUGGCUGCAUUGCGAUCAUCUCAGUGCAAAGCCUGUAUAUUUUCCAGAUAUGGCGAAUUUGUGAUGUCCUUUCCAACGAAACACGUCGUGUGCAAUGGAUCUUGGUCGUCCUGUUGCUGUUGACUUAUGCUGCAACUGUCAACGGGUUCUUCGAGAAGGAACUCCUGGAUAAGGGACAUUGCUAUGACUUCCGUCAGAAACGGAUUGCUCACAGUGUGAGGAAUCCUGCGUUUCUGAGAAAGGUGUUGCCCGUGUUCACGCCGAUAUUCAUAUGUUAG